GCCGCGGAAAGCGAGCGAGCGAGCGAAGUUGGGAGCCGCUCAGAGACUCCCGGCGGCCGGGGCGGAGGGUCGCCCAGGCGGAGCAGCGGCGGCGGGGCGGGCAGGGGCGGCCAGCAGGAGCGGGCGCGGCGCAGCUGGUGGGGGAUCGCGAAGGAGGAGGCGAGGCGGCUGCCUCUCCGCCGCCGGGGCCCUCGCCCGUCGCCGCGGGGCUCGCCCGGACCAUGCCGAUCCUCCUUUUCCUCAUAGACACGUCCGCCUCCAUGAACCAGCGGGCGUAUCUGGGCACCAGCUACCUGGACGUGGCCAAGGGCGCCGUCGAGCUCUUCAUGAAGCUGCGGGCCCGCGACCCGGCCAGCCGCGGCGACAGGUACAUGCUGGUCACCUUCGACGAGGCGCCGUAUUGCAUCAAGGCUGGAUGGAAGGAAAACCAUGCCACUUUCAUGAAUGAACUGAAAAACCUGCAAGCGUCAGGAUUGACCACCCUGGGGCAGGCACUUCGAUCAUCGUUUGACCUGCUGAACCUCAACAGAUUAGUCUCUGGAAUAGACAACUACGGGCAGGGGAGGAAUCCAUUUUUUUUGGAGCCGUCAAUUUUAAUUACCAUCACAGAUGGAAACAAGCUGACAAAUACUUCUGGCGUUCAAGAGGAGCUCCAUCUUCCUCUGAAUUCUCCCCUGCCUGGUAGCGAACUAACCAAAGAACCGUUUCGCUGGGAUCAACGACUGUUUGCCCUUGUGCUGCGCUUGCCCGGAGCCCCUUCAGUGGAACCCGAGCAGCUAGGGAGCGUUCCCACAGAUGAGUCUGCCAUCACACAGAUGUGUGAAGUCACUGGAGGGCGCUCAUAUUGUGUUCGGACACAGCGCAUGUUGAACCAAUGCUUAGAGUCCCUUGCUCAGAAGGUUCAGAGUGGUGUGGUCAUUAAUUUUGAAAAAUCAGGACCAGAUCCUCCUCACAUUGGGGAAGAUGGACUGGUUGAUGCCACGAGGCCUAUCAAUUCCUUUGGUUCUCAGCCAUGGCACAGCUGUCAUAAACUCAUCUAUGUGCGUCCAAACCCUAAAACGGGGGUGCCAGUUGGCCAUUGGCCAAUUCCCGAAUCUUUUUGGCCUGAUCAGAAUUCUCCAACGCUGCCCCCUCGCACAUCUCAUCCGGUGGUGAGGUUCUCCUGUGUGGACUGUGAACCCAUGGUGAUUGAUAAACUGCCAUUUGACAAGUACGAACUUGAACCGUCGCCUUUAACGCAAUAUAUCUUGGAACGGAAGUUGUCUCACGUCUGCUGGCAGGUAUUUGUGAGCAGCAGCGCAAAAUACAGCGAGCUCGGACACCCCUUUGGUUAUUUAAAGGCCAGCACCAGCCUGACCUGUGUCAAUCUCUAUGUGAUGCCUUACAACUACCCCGUUCUGCUCCCUCUGCUCGAUGACCUUUUCAAGUUUCACAAACUUAAGCCAAAUCUGAAGUGGCGACAGGCAUUGGACAGCUACAUAAAAACCAUGCCUCCCUACUAUUUAGUGCCAUUAAAGAAAGCGCUAAGGAUGAUGGGAGCUGCAAAUCUGAUAUCAGAUAAUUUAGAUUGUGGACUUAGUUACAGUGUUAUCUCUUACCUUAAAAAACUCAGCCAACAGACAAAAAUAGAGUCGGAGCGGAUAAUAGGGUCAGUGGGUAAGAAACCCCCGCAAGAGACGGGCAUUAAAGUGAAGAGUCACUCCAGUGGCCUGUCCCUCAUCCAGAGCAGGGAUUUCAAGCAGUUGCUUCAAGGGAUUUCUGGUGACUCCCCCCUGAGGCUGCCUGAAAUGAACGUGAAGGAAUUUGCUGGCUUCCAGAUAGGGCUCUUGAAUAAGGAUCUAAAACCACAGGCCUACCGCAAUGCUUACGAUAUUCCUCGUCGCAGCCUUUUAGACCAACUGACCCGGAUGAGAACUAACCUGUUGAAAACACACAAGUUUAUUCUAGGCCAGGAUGAAGAUUGCCUUCACAGUGUUCCUGUAGCACAGAUGGGGAACUACCAGGAAUACCUCAAGAUGAUGCCUUCUCCCCUUCGAGAAAUUGACCCAGACCAGCCCAAAAGGCUUCACACUUUCGGAAACCCUUUCAAGCAAGAUAAAAAGGGAAUGAUGAUCGACGAGGCGGAUGAAUUCGUCGCCGGUCCUCAGAACAAAGUCAAACGUCCAGGAGAGCCCAACACGCCGGCAUCCCUGAAGAGAAGGCGCAGCAUGUCCCCGCUCUUGAGACGGCCGCAGUCGCCGCCAGUGGUGGCUAACCACGUUGGCGGGAAAGGAUCUGCCUUGGCUGCUGGGCCCUCAUCCAACCCGAGUACUAAAACCACGCCAGCUUAUAAAGAUACAAACAGCAAUACGGUUCAAGAUGGCAAUGGUGAAAAGAAAGCCGAGAAUUUCCAGCUGCUGGACAAACCAGGGGACGGACCUUUGGUGCAUAUUGUUCCUCCGUCCCCGGCUGCUGUGGUGGAUGAAGACCUGCCAAACGAUACGGACUCUUUGACCGGUGAACUGAAUUGUGUUGGGGAAGAUGGACUGGACCAUAGACCUGUAGUCAAUUCCCUCGUCAGGGGCCCUUUAAACUACAGUAUAUCCGCCGAAGACCAAAAACUGCUCGAGGAGCCAGCUUCUGGAACUGUGCCAAAUUCAGUGAAAAUAACAUCCAAUAUGUUUGAAGGAAACAACGAAGUUAUCAAAAUCAAGGUUAUGAAGGAAGUUCGGAAACCUGGGAGAAAUUAUGAAAAAAUCUUCUCUCUCCUAGAAGAAAUACAAGGCCCUGUAGAAAUUCAAAAAUAUUUCAUUGAAUUUGCUAUCAAAGAAGCAACAAGGUUUAAAAAACGGGUCUUAAUUCAGCACUUAGAAAGAAUACUAGAGGAAAUAGAGUUCAGCAGCCUUCCCAACCGAAUUAAUCAUGUCAACAGUAGAUAAUAAGAGCAGGAGCCGGCCGAAGGAACGGACGGGUCCGGGCGAUGGAGUUUGCUGUGUCGUGGAGGAAUGGAAGAGGAUGUGGCAGCCGCUGCCCCUACCAGCCGGGUGGCUUUUCUGUUGGCGUCUCAGAAGAAGGGUGACGUGUUUAUGCUCGCGCACCUCCUUCGCCGGACACCGGAGGAAAUUGCCGCAGGAGGUGUGGCUUCCUCCCUCCCCACCCACCUUUGGAGGGCUGAUCUGCCCCUGGGCCGAAGAAAGACACUCGGGGCCGCCCCCUGGUCCUGCAGGUGAUGAGAAUUUACUCAUUUGAACCCUUGCUAUAAGACACUUUAAAGGGCUGCCGUAGGCCACCGGGGUGAGUGGCACCCCGUUACCUCUGCACUUGUGUCGGAGCGAUCCUUUGUCCUAGAAACAAAAGAAAAGGAAGGAGGAGGAGGAGGAGGAGGAGGAAAGGCCCUCCGUGGUGGUAGUGCGUCUUGUCGCUACAGGCACGAAGGUGAACCUUUCCCGCGAGAGCGGCUAGCCCACCCAGGCACGAGGUUGCAGGGUUAAUUGGAUUGAGAGGAAAGGCGCCGCUCGUCUGGGUUGAGGAGACGCUCUCGAGAGCCCCGGGACGGACGGACUGGCUGGCCGCCUGCUGCGGCUGCUGCUCCUGCGGUAGCCACUAAACAACCUACCUCAGUCUUCCUCUUCUUCUUCUUUUGUCUGCAGACGUUCUGCAAGCGCGUCCGAGGCUCCCCAGGUCCAGGCUUCAGUUCUCUUUCAUCUUGGUGAGGAGGACGGAGACUCUUCUCGUGGACUUGGCUUUGGAGGCGCUUAAAGGAAACUUGGGGGUUUAGAAACAAAAGCCAGGAAAAAGAACUGCCCUUCCCGCCCUCCACAUGAAUUUUACUUUUUAAAUGUUCAUACGAGAAGCUAUUUUGGACAGUGUUGUUUAACAGAUCCUUACUUUGAGAUAUCAAAUGCCGUGCGUGUGUGUACAUAGAACAUCUAUACAUAUAUAUAAAUAUAUCUAUAUAUAUGAGAGAAUUUUUUGAGCACUUGUACAUAAUAAAAAUCAUUUUAUGAUUUUUCUAAGGAGUGCCUGAUCUGAAUGGGGAAUGGUUUUAUUAGCCUUCCAGUUGUCUGUGAAAAAUGUGGUUGGAAAGGAGCAGACGGUGCCCCUCCUGAGUCUCUUUUCUCAUUGUUGAACCGAACUGCCUCAAGGUUGUCUUGCUGUGGUGCUCUGUCCACCUGCCUUGAAGCAGGCCUAAGCGGGCGACUUUUGUCCCGGGGUGAGUAGGAUUGUCCCUUUAGACUUCAGCCUGUCCCAUCCAGCUCCAACUUGCGUUUGCUGAGCUAUGUAUCUGCUUUUGGGGGGAAGAGUUUUUGUGCGAUUGCUGAACAAAAAGGGAGUGAUGUGCUCCAGAGGCUUCAGCUUGGGCCAGUUGCAGACAACUGGGAAUUGGCAUCCCAAACAACUGGAGACAACCUGCUAGCCACCCCUCUUGUCCAGAUAAGGGAGCGAUUGGGCUGAUGGUAAAAGAGGCAGGUCUGGUGACUUCACAAGUGUAACCAGCCCGGGCUGUGGGAUGCUCACGCCUGCAUCCGUCUUGACUUGGGGGAGAAAGCUGGCUGGUUUAAGUUUUGUAGCUGCAAUUUGGAAACUUGAGCAUCAAGGCUGAUUUCCCCCAACCCUUUCUGGCUUUGCAGAAGGGGGGGGGGAUGAUUCUGUGCGAGCAGUCAGCAAGCAGGUGCACACGCGCAGCUCCAUUUGCGCAAGUGGCUAGCAAGUGCAUCCAUCACUCACGAAAGGAGUGUGCACUCGCCUGUUGCUCACACCGUGGGGAUGCCGCACACGCUCGCCCACUUCAACGGCCCGGUUCUGAAUGGCUUGUGGGCUGAGGGAUCCCUAACAUAGAUUACCUUUCUUCCACUGUUUAGAGCACAGGCUGAAGAACUGUCUGCUUUUGCUCCACUGACUUCAGUCACAAGGAUAACUAGAAACAUCGUGUCCUGGGGAAGUCUAGAUGUUUAAAUCUGGUUGUCACUUCCAGUAGUUCAUCGCAGGAUAAUAAGAAUUAACUGGACGUAGGUGUUGCUCAGAACUGAAAGAUUGUGUUGCAUCAGCUAGGUUUUACUACAAAGGUACAGUACCUGACAGCUGCAGGCAAAAAAGUCAGAUUGCAUGCAAAAACUAUUGAUUAUAUUGGCAGGCCUGGUUCCAGCCUUAAAUCGAGGCAAAUUUUUCCCUGCAGACGUCGAAAGAAAGUAGCACAAUGAUCCUGAGAGUACUAAAAAUAAAACCCAGUUCUGAUUUGUGUAGUAUCUCCAGGGAGAGGAAAGCUGGCUUGUGAUUGCCAGAGGUGGGGUGCAACAGCUCUGGCAAUUUCAUCCAGUGCAGCCAAGAAUACAUUGAUCAAGCAAGGCUGUUUUCAGAAAUAUUGGAAACUUUUCGAAGCGGGCAUUUUCAAUUUUAUGUUCCCCUGAAUUAGGCCCGUUGAUCCCUUAACGCACCUCAAUUGUGGGACUGUAAUUAAGGGCUUAUUUACAGAUGCCAGAAAGACAGGAGGUGGCAAAGCCUUGUAUUAACUGAAAGCAUAGUCAUUUCCCUUUUUCUUGAACUAAGGCGUAUAAUGAACCAGUUUAGGAGCCCAAAAAUUGAUCAGUCUUUUUUUUUUCUAAGUACUUUCACCUCUCCCUUCAGAGAAAUCCAUAAUCCUUUAGAUUUAAGAACCCAUUUCACAAGUUUACAUCACCAGUAAAAAAAUAUUGCAUCUGCAAAAAUAAUUCUUACUCUGUUUUGGAAUAACAUUAGUUCUUUAUUGGACAUUGCAAGAGCAAAAAGGGAAACAAAAUUUGCACAUUUGUAACAACCAUGGAUAGUGAAAGGGAACCUGUUCAUUUCUUGCAAGUUUAAGAGACCCAGAAGGUGCUUGAACAGAGUGCAAAAUCCAUAACAAAUACACAAAACGACUGACUUCGGAGAAAGACUGCCAUUUUGUAGCAAAAUUUGCAAGUUCUUGGCAAAACUGGACCCCGAUUAGGGUCAGGAGAAAGAACAAACAAGGACCCCAGCUUGGAACAGUGUAUACUAAAACAGCAAACACUGUAUUUUAUAGAGCUGUUUUGGAUGUCACAAUCCCUAUUAACUGCCCACUUCAUUGUUUUGAAUUUUGGGCUGGAGAAUGUUAUUAGAUACAAAACUGAAUUAAAAACCUGCUAGAAGAAACAAUCACCCAGAAAGGAGCAGGAGACAGAAUAGCCAAUGGGCAGCUAUUUUAACACCAGAAUAUUAGGAGGAAGAUGACCAACAGAGCUACGCAACCGCCUUAUACAUGUCUGACAAGUUUCACCUAAAAAAAGAAUGCAAGGCUAAGGCUGAGCUUAAUUCAAAGGAAGGACCACAGUAUUGAAUCAAUUGGCACCGGUGCCAGAUUUUGAAAGGCCAAUAUCUAUCACAGUCAAGUCUGGAGUUGAUUCUUUGGCCAGAGCACGGCUUCUCUGGCAAGAUAAAAAAAAAA